AAACCCGGUGCUUUGGUAAAAACCCAAUAAACACCCAUAAACUCCCAUAAUCACCCAAAAAAAUAGGUUUUUACGUAUUUUUUGAAAAUAUGUAAGUAAUACCAAUAAAUUAUUUUUAUAAAUUGUAUUGAUCAAUUCUACAAUAUUAAAUAAAACGUUAACUAAUAAUAUUUCAGGAAAUUUUAAAAAUCUAUAUAUAAUAAAAUGAAAGUAAUUAAUUUUCAGUGUUUUCAUGUUGCAGUUGAUCAACAUGUUGGCCUUUUGCUUCCCGUAGAUACUUUAAAAUUUCUUCAUAACACCUCGUUCGCACACAUGGCCGUAUAUAUUUAAAUUCUUGAGCCACUAACAGUCCGAAAUACUCAUUUCUUUUAUCCUCUUCUCCAUAAAUUAAGCAUUUAGAACAGUUUGUUUCUUCUUUCAGUAAAUUUUCUUUUACUUUAUCCUCGUUUUUUUUCUUUGUUGCGACGACGCUGGGUAUAUCAUCUGGACACUGGGUCUCACUAUCGCCAAAUAUAUUUGGAGAUCGGCUUCGGCUACGGCUUGGCAGACAUUUUUUUCUUUCUACAAUUUUAAAUUAAAUUUAUUAGAAUAAAUGCUUCGAACACACGCGAUCUAAGUACCUUUUGUGUUUAUUAUACCUUACCUACCUAGGUAUAAAAAGAGUACUUACGUAGAUUUUCUUUUAUUAACUGUUUUAUACGAAGAUCUUGAUCUCUCAAAUUAGCAUCCAUUUUACUUCCAGUGAUUAUCAACUAAAUUAAUAAUCCACAAAGUAUUAAAUAACGUUUUUAUGAAAUAUUUAGCACAAAAACAAUACCCUUUAAAUAUCGAUCGUCAGUAACUGUGGCUGACUUACCUAUAUUCUAGCAAGCAGGACUGCCAGAUGUGAAGGGGAAAUCCCCAAUAAAUUGUUGCAUGUGACUGAUGAUGUGAGCAUGUUCGUUUCAUAAUAAAAAUGUUGCCAGGUAACCAAAAAGUCGUAUGUUUUUGUGCGAAUUACGAUCAUAAUCUUUACGAUCGUACAUUAAAAAAUAGACAAAUAAUAGUAUGAGUACGAUUUAAAUCGUAUAUCUGUCAACCCUGCUAGCAAGACAGCGACAAAAUCACGUUGCAUAACAAUGUAGCCCAAGCUUAUAUCUUAUGAAAUAUACGGAAGAGAUACGGACUUAGAAAAAACAGAAAUGUUGUUCUUUGUGGAAGUCAUUGAUGAAAUUCUAUGUAUUUUAGCCCGCAAACUUUCUUCAAACAAAAACAGCGCCAUCUAGUAUCGAGUUCUGUAAUUAUCUCUUUGUUUAUGGAUUUGAAGUAAGACCGCCACGCAUGCAAUACAUUAUGACUGGGGAUUCCCCUAUUCGUCGACGCUGAAUAUGAGGCGACGACAAUCACUGUCAAACGUGUUCACUAUUACUCUGACUCUGGUAACGUGACUUCCUGGUAACGUGUUAGGUAGGAAAAGCAGUAAAAAAGUGCAUAUUAAGGGAGCAGAUUUGAAAUAAUAUUUAUACUUAACAAGAAAUAAUUAAAGGUUCAAUGGGGAGACCUAAAGAUUUACGCAUAUGGGAGCACUACCGUACUUUACCAAACAAGUCUGUUUCUUGCAAGCUUUGUAAUAAGGUCUACAAAUUCAGUAAUGCUGCCAAAAUGCUUCAACAUCUUAUCACUUGUCCAAAAUCUCCAGAAACAUUAAAAGACUCUAUGAAACUUAUAAAAGAUAGCUCGUCCAAAACCAAAAUGUCUGGACUGUCAGAGAUAGAGACAAAUGAUUCUUUUAUAAGCCCCUCGUCGUCUGCUAACACUACAAUAAAUGCUGAGUUUCAAGACACCGAUGAUCAUAUAAAAACAGAAUUAGCGAGAGCUAUAUUUGUAACAGGGACGCCAUUAUCGAUAGUGCAACAUCCUUUAUGGAUACAAUUUUUCGAAAAAUUGCAACCAAAAUUUAAAAUACCUUCACGUAAAGCUUUAGCGACAAAAUACUUAGAUAAAAUAUAUAGAGAAAUGCGUUUUGAGUUAAAUGAGGAACUAAAUGCUUGUAGUUACUUACACCUUCAGUGCGAUGGCUGGUCUAAUUUAAGAAAUGAAGGAAUAAUAAACUUUCUUAUAUCAAAACCUCAACCUGCAUACGUUAAAAGUUUGAAUACAGAAAGUAAUUCUCACACUAGUGAAUACCUUAGCCAAGAAGUUGAAAAAGUAAUGAAAGUGUAUGGAGCAAAUAAGUUUCUUGUACUUAUUGGCGAUAACGCUAGAAAUAUACAAAAGGCAUUCGAAUUAACAAAACUCAAAUAUCCACAUGUUGUUCCUCUCGGUUGCUGUGCACAUAUCCUUAACUUGUUGUGCCAAGAUAUUGUAAAGAUACAAGAAGUAACUGUGUUUAUUAUGCAAGCCAUAAAUAUAAUAAAAACUGUUAAAAGGAGUCAACGAUUAAGUUCCUUGUCGAUAAAAUCAAGGCAGGGUGAAGAUUCUACACAAACACUAAAAUUGCCUUGUGCUACAAGAUGGGGAAGUCAUGUUACUUCGUUAAAAAGUUUGAAAGCAAAUAAGAUAGCUUUGCAAAUAUUAACAGUUAGAGAAGAUGUGGUAAUUUCAAGAGAUAUUAAAGAUUUAAUUCUAAGUGAUGAUUUCUGGACGAAGACAGGGGAAUGUAUAAGUAUUUUGGAACCAGUCACUGAAAGCAUAUUUUACUUAGAGAGCGACCAGAAUCGUUUGCAUCGCACAUACAUUACAUUUAGAGAUGUACAAGCUAAGAUACGUUUUGCAUUAAAUGAGAUUUCGACAUUGAGCGAAGAAAGCAAACAGCAGAUUCUAACAUCAGUAUCUUCAAGAUGCAAUAUGGCAAUGAGGCCAAUACAUUUUGCAGCAUAUAUUCUAGACCCCAGGACUCUAGGAGUCGAACUUACUCAAGAGGAAGAACUUAAGGGUAUGGAGUUUAUCUACAAUUUAAGCCAACACUUAAGUUUGUCAAAUGUAAUGGCAGAUUUGGCGUGUUAUAAAGCUAAAGAAAACUUUUGGGCCAGAGGAUUUGUAUGGAGCUCAUUAGAUAGCAUUGAGCCCCUAAUAUGGUGGAAAGGUAUUUGUGGUUCCACUGAGUUAAGCAAAGUAGCGAUUCGUAUUCUAUCAGCUCCCUGUACUUCGGCAGCCACUGAGCGUUCCUUUAGUAUCCAAGGCUACAUACAUAAUAACAAAAGAAAUCGACUUACAACUGAAAGAACUGAAAAAAUUUCAUUCAUUUGUUAUAACUGGAAUCUUAAACAUAAAGCUGAAUGCGAGGACCUUCAGUUUAAUGAAGAAAAUACCUUAGAAGCUUUCAUUGAGCAAGUAAAUGAACAUAACAGUUUAGACGAAAUAGAGCCUAUCGAACCUAUACAAUUCAUCGCUUGUAAUAACUCUGAAUCUGACAGUGAUUGACUGUAGUUUUACAUUUUACUUUCAUCUCUUUCUUAAUAAACUCAAAAUCAAAUUAAAAGUUUUUUAUUCUGUAGGCUGCAUAAUAAUAUUGUCUAUGUCCAGUAUAGUGGACGUCUUGCGGCUGAGAUGACGAUGAUGAAGUACAAAAUCAUAAACACCCAAAAAUUUGGGUGUUUAUGGGGUUUAAACCCAAUAAACCCAAAACACCCGGUUUUUACCCACCAGACUUUAAACCCACCCAGGUGGAUUGCCCAUCU